AUGCCAGAAUAUUCUCCACCAACAAUUGUCUUUAUAUUUCUAACAUCUACGUGCAUUCUUCUUACCUCGUCCCUCUUAAUAAUAAUCCUAAAAUCCAAGUCAUAUUUUGGGAAAUGGACAUUGUUUCAAUUAACAUUAUGCUCUCUAAUCGAGAAUCUCGCGAACCUACCAGCAGUUCUAGUAUACGGGAACGACUUACAAGACCGCGCUUUUGAGACCCCACUAUGUAUUAUACAACAGAAAAUUUCCGGAUUCUUCUUUUCGCAAUUCCAAAUAUUCCCGGCUGUUUUAUCAUUCUAUCUUUGGUGGGCUCUAAUAAGAAAUGACACGGAAAUAGAGAAAAAAUGUUUGCGUUAUGUCUCGGGAGCUUUGUGGUUUUAUGCAUUCGGAAAUAAUAUUGUGAGGAUAAUUUUGCUGAGAAACGAAGAACAUUGGGGUGUAGUAGCGAGGCGUUUUAAUUGUUCAGCUAUUGUAACAGAGGCUAGUUGGCUCGCUUGGCUAGUUCCUUCAAUGUUAAUGACCACGAUAGCUGCUUUUUUUUCAUGUCAGGCAGGUUUUGUUUUAUUCUUUCACUGGCGAAAAUUUUCGCGUCGUCAAAAUAGACGUAAUGCGAUUAAAUUAGGACAAGCAGUUAGACUCAGUCUUUCGAGUUUUCUUUACGUUUCUGUUUUAUUGAGUGCUCUGAUUCCCUCGAUCGUAACCAAGUUAAAUGGGACUUUUGUCAAUAAUAUUACACCUGCAGAUUAUACUACAAGUAUUGGCGGGAUAUUAUUAUUCCUGGUAUUUGGUACGACAAGCACAGCAGCAAUUUUCCUUCCGUGUUGUUAUUACUUGCCACCAAACGUAAAACGACCAUUGAAUGAGGAUUCAUUCAACAGCGACAGUUAUCCGUACAAUCCCACAAAUGACGAGACGAUAGAAGCUGCCGAAAAACAACAACAACAACCUUCAAUGGAUUUAAUAAUAAUCAAAGAAAAUAAAGAGCAAGAGCCCACGUUCAUGUCGGUCACUAGUGAAAAAGUUCUCUUGAAUAAUAUGUCGGCAGAAUCCAGUGUAGCAGAUAUUGGGUCAUUUAGUAGUGAUAGUAGUCAAUUUGAACCGAAUUUGUUGGAUGGCACUGCGGUUUUUGAAGUGAUUGAAGUUUAUUAA